CUUAAAGCAAAAUAGGCGAAUGUGAACGUGCUGUGGUCGUCGAUUCCGUGUGAUAUCUCACCGCCGAUUAGCGCUCCCUGCCUUAUAAGGAAAGACAGUCGUGCCUUCCUGCAAUAGGCCGAGCGCUGCAGCCUGCGGGAAGCCUGCACUUUAACCCUCUCGCUGCUGAAUUUUAUUUGGUCCGACCGCAUGAAACAAGGCAACCAGGGCUUUAUUUGACAAUUUAAGAUUUUUAUUUUGAAAGCAAUUCAUCGAAAAUGUAUCCCUGUUGUACAUAUAAGUCUAAUGAACAACAACAAAUAGCUGGAUAUAGCAGCCAGUGGCAGUAAGCAGGUGGAUAUGGGAUUUUGUAACCCUCUCUUUGUCCAAUUAUAAUUGGAACCUUCACUUAGCCUAUAGGUGAAAACCUUGGGCUCUGUCAUUUCCAAUCAAAACUGCCAGAGGUGUGUGUGUGUGUGUAUGUCCAGUCCACGUCAGGCCUUUAGCUGGUUCAUAGCCUACCGUGAGUCACGUCUGCACGCACCGCGUGCCAAGCGAUAACCGGCUGGUGCCUGUCAUGCCGGGGCUCCGCAGUCAGAAAUAACCCCGGCGGUGUGAGAGCCCCCGGCGGCCAGGGGAUGCUGACCUACAUUGGCUGCCAAACAACCAGGGGGCUAUCACUUAACACUGCGGAGUGGGAAAAAUCCAUCAGAAAAUCCCCGCGACACGGUGCCAUGUGAAAUGCCAUGUCUUUGUGUGACCCUGACUCAGAGAGGAUAUGGGAAAUCUAUUCAUUGACUCCCCAGGACUGAUAGACGAGGCCUUGUUAAUAUGGCGGCGGGGAUGAAGCAGUGUCCAACAGGCUCUGGCCUUGACGUUGGUUGGGCCUAACUUGAGUUUUCAGUUUGAGCCCGUCUGCAGAGCGAGUCUCUCCGAGGGGAAAGCGAGGGAAGAGGCGCAGUGAAAAUAGGAGGAGGAGGAGGGGGGCUCUUGUGUUUCACAUCAGAGGAGCAGCAGGAAGAAAAAAAAAAAAAAAAAAAAACGGCCUGGAAACGAGGAUAAGGUGUCGGAUAGCAACAACAAAAAAGAAGCAGAGGGGAAAAAAACACAAGAGCCGCUACUCUUGUAUCGGAAAAUGGAGCUACCCGCCGCGGGAGAGCACGUCUUUGCGGUGGAGAGCAUCGAGAAGAAGCGCAGCAGAAAGGGGAGGUCUGAGUACUUGGUCAAGUGGCGAGGAUGGUCCCCAAAAUACAACACGUGGGAACCAGAGGAAAACAUCCUGGACCCAAGACUGCUUGAUGCUUUCCAAGACAGGGAACGCCAAGAGCAGCUGAUGGGAUAUCGCAAGAGAGGACCCAAGCCCAAGCACCUCCUGGUUCAGGUUCCUUCUUUCGCCCGGAGAUCCAGUAUUCUGGCGGACCUUCAUGAGGCAUCCCUGGACGAGGACAGCUGUCAGAAGCCCAGCCCCAUCCAGAUGCUCCGCCCCCAGGGCCAGCAGUACCAGCUCAACAGCAAGAAGCACCACCCGUACCAGCCGCUGUGCAGGGAGCGCGAUGCCGAGCAGCAGGCACACGGCAAGAAGCUCUACUAUCAGCUCAACAGCAAGAAGCACCACCACUACCAGCCGGACCUCAACGGCCACGAGCCCUUAUUCGCCAAACCCAGAGAGGUAAAAGCUCCGGAGCUGGCUAACAAGGGCUACAACCUUCCCCCUGUGCUGCAGCAAAAGUGGGUCCGGGACAAGGACUCAGGCUGCCUGACCAAAGUCAAGGAUAUCACCAUGGAGCUGAAGAAGCUUCCGGCAGACCUCAAUGGCCACAAAGAGCCGGAGACGGCCAGGCCUAAAGAGGACGCUUUAGCGCAGUCGAACGGCGUCAGCAAUGGCAAGCUAAAGAUCGUGAAGAACAAAAACAAGAACGGGCGGAUUGUUAUCGUCAUGAGCAAGUACAUGGAAAACGGAAUGAAAGCGGCCAAGGUUAAAAACGGCAAUUCUGAAACCGGCGAAAAGCCGGCGCAAGGAACGGACACCGGUGCGGAGAACCACCUCGAGAAGAUGAAGCUCAUCAAGAAGCUGGGCCUCAUGAAUGGAUUUUCCAAAAACCCCAAAGACAAACCGAGGGUUUCCAGCUCUGGAUUAAACGGACACUGCCCCAAAGAAAAGGAACAGUCCCCCAAAUCGGAGCCAACUGUGACUGAACAGGAUAAACACGUCGGGGUCGGGGGUCAGGGGCAGCUUUCAGCCGAUCAGCCUUUACAAUUGACAACCGAGCCUAAUUUGCUCGCCCUGCCUUUGGAUGGGGGAGUUCCCUCCCCACUGGACAAAAGAGGAAGCCAAGGUGGAUUUCAAGGACUGAAGCGACACCUCUGUGACACAGACAGCGAGGAGCAUGGGAGUAGUAAGAGGUUUGGGACUUCCAGGAGCACCGGCGCUGCCAACACGGUGUCUUCACCCACCCAAAGCGUCAGCAUGGACCAAAACGGACACCAGAGUCCCAUAGGACUGCAGGACUGCGGGUAUGUGGACCAAGAGGAGCCGAUUGACUUGAGCAUUGUCAAGUCCAGGCCUAAAGCUACCCAGCCUGAAACACACCCACAGGCUCAGACUGUAACGCAAGCUAAAACACACACGCGGGACGAAACAGACACGCAAGCUCAAACACAAACGGACGCACAGACGGAAAGUCAGCCCCGGACUGAAACACAAAAAACUACAGAGGAGGAGAACGUCACUUCUUUGUCCGUUUCCGACCCGGAAAAGAGAAAAGAGGAGACAUUUCCCUCUUUCCAGCCUUUCCUUGGGAAUAUAGUGAUCACAGACAUUACUACAAACUGCCUCACAGUCACAUUUAAGGAAUACAUCAAAGUGUAACUCAACUGGGUACCAACUGUAUAAAUGUACAUAAGAGAUAUUUGUAUUUUCAGAUGUUUGAAUGUACAACUGCCCCCCUUGAUGUUUGUUUUCAUUUUUGUAUAGUUCAGAUAUAAAAAAAAAAAAUCCUUUUUAUUGCGUUAUUUGCAUAUUUCUUCUUCUAAGCUCUUUGUUGUUACUGCUGGAGCUUUUGUCACAUGCAGUAUCUAAUUUCAGCUAUUUCGAACAUAGUUUAAAAAGCCAAAUUAGGUCAAAUAAAUGUCUACACUUUGAUUAAAGAUGCACUUAACUCUUGUAAAUACUCAAUAAUUUGAUUAUACACUCAACUGUCUGCAUCUCAGAUAAGGAUAAACAAAUGUAGGCUAUAUGGGGGAAUUUUGUAAGGAAGAAAAACUGUAUUGAAACAUGGUAAUUUACACUGUGUGUGUGUGUGUGUGUGUGUGUGUGUGUGUGUGUGUGUGUGUGUGUGUGUGUGUGUGUGUGUGUGUGUGUGUGAACAGAUGGACAGAUUUAAACAAGGAUGCAUGCUGCUUGGACAGAUUAUGCCAUUAGACGUGCUUAAACAAGCAGAUAAAGUCGAAUGAAGCGCCUUUCUGUCGAUAAAUGUGAUUUCCAUUGUUAAAAAGGAAAAUGAAAGAUUAUUAAUGGUUAAUGUUUGAUUUAUGCUCCUUUUUAUUUGACCUCCGUUCAAAGGGAAAGUGUGUUUUGCGUCACGCAUCUCGAGAUCCGAUACUGAGCACAAGUCACUUCCAUUAAGGCGGCAGAUGUACAACUCUGUGACUCUAUUUAUUGUAUGUUUUGUAGCAGCGCAGUGACUAAAAACUGGCGUUUUUCACUUGAUUUAUAUCAGUCACCAAUCUCUGUUAACACUGCCUGUCUAGCUGUGUAAUCCAAUAGAUUAGUACCACCAGCUGCGUGCUCCAUGAUUCACUUCUUCGUUUUUUCUGUUCUCUGCCUCCCUGACAUGUUAAAAGGCUAUACACAGUUACGUAUGGGAUUGAAUGGAUUGUCUUUGUGUCAUAUUUUGAGUGACUUUUGCAACGUCGCAGUAAUUAAAAGUAUGUAAAAGCACACAUGCCUGUCAUAACCAGAUCUGUUCCCUUGUGUCAUACAUGCCCCCUGUCCUUUUUUUUCCCCCAGCAAUCCCUUCCAGCACUAUAUGAUCUGAGGUGUAUCGAACUGCUCUGUGAGAACAAUGAUCAGAUGCACUUUUGAUGUUUUGUGUGCAGACUAAAUAAAAUGAAAGCUUCCUAUGAUACAUUUUGCAAUAAUAAAAUUGUUUGCAAGUGA